AUGAAUCUUUCCUUGGCCAUCAGUCACACGCUCUCUGUCAUCGCCACACCCGCUUCUGACGACCCAAUUUUACAAUGCAACGACCAGCUCCUCGACCUCCUUUUCAAUGAAACUGAUGAAGCCCUAGAGCUAGCAGAUGCAAAGCUACAUGUUUUUCCUUUCAAGGAUGUCAAGAUCUGCUGGCGUCGACUGUACACUGACGCGUCUAUCAUCAAGGCGUGUUUUGUCAUCAUCAAAAACCGCGAAUUAAGCCAACAAACUCGCAAGUCUGGUGCUAAAAUUGACAUUCCCCUACUUAUACAAGAGGUAAAAUGUCUGAAAGAAUCAAGAAUCAACCACCGGGCCACUUGGGUGUCCGAGGUUGUACAUAUCCUGGACAAGGCUUUGAUUAUGACGGGCGCACCGACACGGGAGAAGCUCAUCGAGUCAUUGCUAUCCACAUUGCAGAAUGCUACAGAGGAGACAGAAGAUGAUGAUAUGCAUAAGUAUUCCGAUCCACCGCAGAAGCGAAGGAAGCUAUCAUCACCUCUCUUCCCGCCACAAUCUCUCCCUGAACCACGUCUAGAGCAUCCAAUCCCGCGCGUAUCAUCGCCAUCCUUCGAAUCCAUUCAGAAUCAUAUCCAAGAUGUCCGCACUCCGCUCAUCAUAACCGAUGAUGUGAAACACUGGCCUGCCAUGUCAACGCGAACCUGGAGCUCUCGCGAUUACUGGUGGGCUCGUACGUUCAACGGUAGUAGGCUCGUCCCGGUCGAAGUGGGCAGAUCGUAUACAGACGAGGAAUGGGGCCAGAAGAUCAUGGAGUUCAGAGAAUUUGCCGAACGGUAUCUCUGGCACGGUCAGGCACAUAAUGAUACUGACGCUUCCACGGGUGAUGGGGAGACUGGAUACUUGGCCCAGCAUGACCUUCUUGCCCAGAUACCAGCUCUGCGGAAUGAUAUCAGCAUUCCAGAUUACUGCUAUAUUGAUCCCCCAGGGCCAGAGCCGGGUACGCCGGUAUUCCUUAGCAAGCAGCGCGACCGCGAAGCGGCAUUAGCCAAGCAGUCUGACCAGGAUCUGCCAGCCACGGGCUGUGAAGAUGAAGAUGAAUCAGCUACAGGCUCGGUCUUGGGUCUUCCUAGUAACCCCAUUAUCAAUACAUGGAUCGGUCCAGCAUGGACUAUUUCACCGCUUCAUCAUGAUCCUUACCACAACAUCCUUGUCCAGGUGGUGGGGACCAAGUACAUCCGAUUAUACUCGCCGCACACGCCCGCAGAGCAGAUUCAUCCCCGGUGCAAGGAAUUGGUUACUUCAAGCGAGAAGGAGACGCACGGCAUGGGACCUGGGUCUGAAUCCGCAUCAACGAAUGAAGAGUCUGACGGUCAGAAAUUGAUCGACAUGUCGAAUACAUCCAAAGUCGACGUGGCUGCGAUUGAGCUGUCCCCUGCUGAAGCUGAACAGUGGGAGGAGCUGUGGCCUGGGUUUAUGGAGGCGAAGUAUGUUGAGACUGUUCUCCAUGCGGGUGAGAGUUUGUACAUCCCCGUUGGAUGGUGGCAUUAUGUGCGUGGCUUGCGUGCUGGGAUUAGUGUCAGUUUUUGGUGGGAAUAA